AUGACCAGGGUCUUGGCUGGCCCGUAUUGUACACAGAUCCUUGGCGACCUUGGCGCUGAAGUCAUCAAGAUUGAGCAUCCAACUCGUGGUGAUGAUACCCGGGCUUGGGGCCCGCCUUAUGCGGCGUAUCGAGACGAGUCUAAUCUGGAAGGUCCGGGUGAAUCUGCGUACUUUCUAGGUGUCAACCGAAACAAGAAGUCUUUAGGUCUAUCAUUCCAACAUGCCGAGGGUGUGGAGGUCCUUCACAAGCUCGCAGCGAAAUGCGACAUCCUCGUGGAGAAUUAUCUCCCAGGUACUCUGAAGAAGUAUGGUAUGGACUAUGAAACGUUACACAAAAUUAAUCCGGGUCUCAUCUACGCCUCGAUAACGGGAUAUGGCCAGACGGGACCAUAUUCGCAGCGAGCCGGGUACGAUGUCAUGGUCGAGGCCGAAUUCGGGUUGAUGCAUAUCACCGGCAGUCGAGACGGGCCACCGGUAAAGGUCGGCGUAGCUGUUACAGAUUUGACUACGGGGCUUUAUACCAGUAAUAGUAUCAUGGCUGCCCUUUUGUCUCGCGCGAAGACGGGUCGUGGCCAGCACAUCGACGUAGCCCUCAGUGAUUGCCAGACUGCUACGCUUGCCAACAUCGCAAGUAGUUGUCUCAUUAGUGGGAAGAAGGACACAGGCCGAUGGGGUACAGCUCAUCCAUCAAUAGUACCGUACCAAUCAUUCAAGACCAAAGACGGCGAUGUAUUAUUUGGCGGUGGCAACGAUCGCUUAUUCAGCAUACUAUGCCAAGGCCUAGGUAGGCCGGAGUGGAUAACGGAUCCGAAGUACAGCGUGAACUCGCAGCGCGUAGCUCACCGGGAAGAGCUUCUUGUCGAGAUACAGGAGAUUACGGUGCAAAAGACGACGCAGGAAUGGUUGGAAAUCUUCGAGGGGAAGGGCAUGCCGUACGCCGCGGUCAACGACGUUCAGGGGGCGCUGAAUCACGAGCACACGAAGGCGCGGAAUAUGGUUAUCGAGGUAGAGCACGAGCAGUGCGGGCCGAUCAAGUUGGUUAACACCCCGGUCAAAUACAGCGAAACCAAGCCCACGGUUCGUACUGCACCACCGACUUUAGGUCAGCAUACCGAUGAAGUUUUGUUAGAUAUUCUUGGCCUAGAAGCUAGCGAGGUGGCUUUGCUGAAGGAGAAAGGGGCCGUGAGCUCCACUGGCCGCCCACCUUACAUGCCACAAUUCUCAGCAGCUACACAGAUGAUUCUUAAGAGGAUAAAUUCCAAACCUGGAAGUCUGUCAUCAGCUCUAUCAUCGGCAUCUUCUGAAUUGAACAAAACUAACAUUGAAAAAUCCACAUUUGAGGAUGCCAAGAGACGUCUUGUCAUGACUAUGAACACUUCUAUGAGUAUGCGAAUGCCCCCUCAAAUUCCUCAUCAUCACACAAUGCCUCGUAAAUCAUCUUCUAUGCUCCGAACCCCCGCUCCCACUCAGACAACGGCAGCACCCCCCAUCUCAUCAGCGAAGACCAUACCUAAGACCAUGGCAUUGGCCAAACCAGCCACUCCGAAGGCAUCGACACAGAAGUCUAAGAGCAAGCCGUCUCGUGGCACCAAGCGCAAGCGUGGAAAGGAAGAUGAUGGUGAUGAAACAUCUUCCAGCCUCAGCGACCUGUCGGAUAAUGAGCGCAAGGCUGCCCCCGCUGCGAACACCACCAAAUCUUCCGUUGCCGCUGCUUCUGCUAAGGAACAGGCCGUACACACUAUGACGAAGUACGGCCGUCAAGUGCAGAAGCCGACACAGUACAAUCCUUCUUUGCAGUCGGCGCGCGAUGCUCAGAAGCGAAAGACUAAUGGAAAGCGCACUCAAGAGCAAGCGCUAUGCAAGGUGUGCCAACGCGGACUUAGUCCAAACGCCAACCAGAUCGUAUUCUGCGAUGGCUGCAACAACGGCUGGCACCAGAUGUGCCACGAGCCGUAUAUCGAUGACGAUUUUGUCAGCAACGAGUCUCAAUCGUGGUUUUGCAACCGCUGCGUUGCCAAGCGCGAGAAGCAUAUUGCCAAGAAGAAGAAGCUUGAAGGAUUUAAGGGCGUCAGCUGGUCUGGCAAGACUGCCGAGCAGAAACGAUCAUAUCUAUCGGGUGUCCCUCAUGCGCAGCUCGUUAAUAUCAUCAUGUACAGCAUGGAGCUACACCCCGAGCUUCCGAUCUUCCCUGCUCACGAAGCCAGACGCGGCGGUGCUCAAGGGGCCCGCACGUCUUCCAACGAUAGCAGCCGAACCAAGACGGACUCGAACAUCAACGUCGGCCCCACUCACUACUCCAGCAAGGUGUCCACGCCAGAUUCGUACGCCCUAAACGCCAAGGCGACGGCGGGUCAGAAAUCAGCUACUGACAGCCAGGACCGGGCUGCCCGAGAGGGAUCCAGCGACUCCGUUCCCGCGGCCUGGCCUCAAGUAGGCAAGGGCACUCUAGCGGGCCUGGAGAUGAAAGAGGAUGAGAUGCGCGAUAAGAACGACCAUGAAGCCUUCAGCGUCAGCACCUACAAUGCCCGAGGCAAGAAGAUCAUUGAGAAUGGCAAGGCCGCAUGA